AGAAAAGACUUUCUUUUUUUCUGUAAAUCUGCGAAUCCAAUUCGAAUAAUCCGACCUCGUAUGAUCCGAUCGUUUCCGUUUCAUCAUCGUCCCCGCGAGUUAGCGCUGUGAUUUCGCAAUGUCAUGGGGUUUGGGGUGGAAGCGUCCCUCGGAUGUCUUUCACCUGACUCUGAGCUACGGCACAGACGAUGUCAUUGAUGAAGCCACGCCGACUUCAUCGCGAUCGUCCUCUGUGGCGUCGCCUUUUGCCUCAUCUCCGAAGGCGUCUUUUCAGGAGGGAGAGGAUCUGCAGCAGGUAGGGUUUAGGGUUGACUUGGAUUGGAAUGCUGGUGAUGAUGAGGAUCAGGUGGCGCUGAAGCUCCAGUCCCAGGUCAUGGUGGCACUGCCUUCGCCGCAGGACACUGUCGAGAUUGAAUUGAAGGAGAUGGGCAGUGAGGGGAACAGUGGAAAUGGUGGUGAAGGGGAGGUAGGGGUGGAAAUGAGGGUGAUGAAAAGGAGAGAUCCCUUGAAAGGGGUCAUAAUGUGGAGGACUGGGGGUUCUGGCCAGCAGAUUGAUGGAAUGGGCGUGUUAUUAAAGCUGAUGCGGUCAAAUUUCUCUAAUGGAGCGGGGCUGGGUGCUGGUGGGGAAGCUUUAGUCGGUUACGCUGAGCAUUGGAGGAGUGUCACUGUUGUCAGCCUCUCCGGCAUUGGACUAACAGGGUUGCCUGUAGAAAUAAGCAAAUUGCCUCUCCUUGAAAGGCUCUACCUUGAAAACAACAAGCUUUCAACAUUGCCGUCUGAGCUAGGUGAGCUGAAGAACCUGAAAGUUCUAGCUGUUGACGGCAACAUGUUGAUCUCAGUCCCUGUUGAGUUGAGACAAUGUGUUGGAAUGGUUGAGCUGUCACUUGAACACAACAAGUUGGUUAGGCCGCUUCUUGAUUUCAGGGCUAUGACUGAGCUUCGUGUUCUGAGGCUAUUUGGUAAUCCUCUAGAAUUUCUUCCUGACAUAUUACCACUGCACAAUUUGCGCCACUUAUCUCUUGCCAAUAUUAGGAUUGUGGCAGAUGAUCAUUUAAGAUCUGUAAAUGUGCAGAUAGAGAUGGAGAAUACUUCUUAUUUUGUUGCUUCUCGACAUAAACUCAGUGCCUUCUUCUCUCUUAUAUUCCGCUUUUCUUCUUGUCACCAUCCUCUGCUAGCAUCUGCCUUGGCAAAGAUAAUGCGAGAUGAGGGAAAUCGUAUAGUUGUUGGAAAAGAUGAGAAUGCUGUGAGGCAGCUCAUAAGCAUGAUAACUAGUGAAAAUCAACAUGUGGUAGAACAAGCUUGUUCUGCACUUACAUAUCUUGCCUCAGAUGUCUCAGUGGCAAUGCAAUUAAUGAAGUCGGAUAUCAUGCAACCUAUUGAAAGAGUACUUAGAUCUUCUGGGCCUGAGGAAGUUAUAUCUGUUUUGCAAGUUUUGGCAAAGUUGGCAUUUGCAUCUGAUACCGUAUCUCAAAAAAUGUUGACCAAGGAUGUAUUAAGAUCGUUGAAACUAUUAUGUGCUCAUAAAAAUCCAGAGGUACAAAGGUUAGCUUUAUUUGCAGUUGGUAAUUUAGCUUUCAGCUUGGAAAACCGGCGUGUGCUUGUUAUGUCAGAAAGCUUGAGGGAACUUCUUUUGCGUCUGACAGCUUCAUCUGAGUCAAACGUGAGUAAGGCUGCAGCCCGAGCUCUAGCAAUCCUAGGAGAGAAUGAGGUUUUACGGCGCGCUAUUCGAGUCAGGCAAGUGCCCAAGCAGGGUUUACGCAUCCUUUCAAUGGAUGGUGGCGGCAUGAAAGGCCUGGCAACUGUAAGAAUUCUUAAAGAAAUUGAGAGAGGCACUGGGAAACGAAUACAUGAGCUGUUUGACCUUAUCUGUGGCACAUCAACUGGUGGCAUGCUUGCAGUUGCUCUUGGAAUCAAGCUCAUGUCUUUGGAGCAGUGUGAAGAGAUAUAUAAGGACCUUGGUAAGCUCGUGUUUGCUGAACCUGUUCCAAAGGACAAUGAAGCAGCAUCUUGGAGAGAAAGGCUGGAUCAACUCUACAAGAGCUCAUCUCAGAGUUUCCGAGUUGUUGUACACGGAUCUAAACACAGUGCCGAUCAGUUUGAGAGAUUGCUAAGGGAGAUGUGUGCUGAUGAUGAUGGAGAUCUUCUCAUAGAGUCAGCAGUGAAAGGAAUUCCUAAAGUUUUUGUGGUAUCAACACUGGUCAGCAUGUCACCUGCUCAACCCUUCAUAUUUCGAAAUUAUCAGUACCCCCCUGGUACGCCAGAGGCUUCUCUUGUAAACACAGAGAAUAUAGGAACAGGAGGUGUGGGAGCUGCUACUACUGGUGCUCAAGUUGGAUUCAAGCGUAAUGCAUUUAUUGGAAGCUGCAAGCAUCACAUCUGGCAAGCCAUACGUGCAUCAUCUGCUGCACCAUAUUAUCUUGAUGAUUUUUCUGAUGGUGUGUAUCGCUGGCAGGAUGGUGCUAUUGUGGCAAAUAAUCCUACUAUUUUAGCAAUACGAGAAGCACAACUGUUAUGGCCAGACGCAAGAAUUGACUGCUUAGUUUCAAUUGGAUGUGGUUCUGUUCCGACAAAGGUCAGAAAAGGUGGAUGGAGAUAUCUGGAUACUGGUCAAGUGUUGAUCGAGAGCGCAUGCUCUGUUGAUCGAGUGGAGGAAACUUUGAGUACACUGCUUCCUAUGCUUCCUGAUGUGCAUUAUUUUCGUUUCAAUCCAGUUGAUGAGCGCUGUGAUAUGGAGCUUGAUGAGACAGAUCCUGCUGUUUGGUUGAAAUUGGAGGCUGCCACUGAUGACUACAUGCAAAAUACAUCUGCAGCUUUCAAAAAUCUCUUUGAAAGAUUGUUAGCAAGCCCACAUGAUGAGAAGCUAUCCAAUAGCUUGAAUUCUCAACGUUUCAACAAAGAAAAGAAUGAAAAAGCUGAUGAGAGUAGCCCCUCCUUAGGUUGGAGGAGGAGUAUCCUCCUUGUGGAGGCUACCAACAGUCCAGAUUCUGGAAGAGUGUUCCAACAUGCUCGCUCACUUGAAUCAUUUUGCACCACAAACGGAAUAAGGCUAUCUGUUUUCAAUGGUAUAUCGGGAACUGUUAAAGCCACAGGAUCAAGUUUCCCAACACCCUUUGCAUCGCCUUUAUUCACUGGGAGCUUCCCAUCAAGCCCUCGCUUAUACAGUCCUGAUUUUGGGCAUCAUAGGGUUGGUAGAAUCGAUUUAGUGCCACCAUUAAGCUUGGAUGAGGUUCAAUCUGGAAAAGCAGUUGUAUCACCUCCUGAUUCACCUGCUAAAUGCCAUAAUCUUUCUUUGCCCAUUCUCUCAUUGCACCAAAAACUACAGAAUUCGCCUCAGGUUGGUGUCGUGCACAUGGCCCUGCAAAAUGACAUGUAUGGCUCCAUAAUAAGUUGGCAGAAUGAUGUAUUUGUGGUAGCCGAGCCAGGAGAGCUUGCAGAGAAAUUCCUAAAGAGUGUCAAAUUCAGCCUGUUGUCAAUGCUGCGAGGAAGGAAGAGGAAAUAUGCAUCGGCCAUCACUGGUAUCUCAACUGUCGCUGAUCUGGUAUCGUGCAGACCGUUCUUCCAAAUUGGAGGUGUUGUUCACCGUUAUAUAGGGCGACAAACUCAAGUCAUGGAAGAUGACCGAGAGAUUGGUGCAUUCAUGUUUCGCAGAACAGUUCCUUCCAUACACUUGACCCCAGACGAUGUUCGGUGGAUGGUUGGAGCCUGGAGGGACAGGAUUAUAAUCUUCACUGGCAUUUAUGGUCCUACACAGUCUUUAAUAAAGGCAUUUCUAGACUCCGGUGCUAAAGCCGUCAUAUGCCCUUCCGCUGAGCCUGACGAAACACAGUCAUCAACCUUUCACGGUUCCGGAGAGUUCAAUGCCGUAGAAAACGGUAGGUUUGAGAUAGGAGAUGAAGAAAUGGAAGACGAAGAAGAAGAUAGCGAGCCGUCCAGCCCAGGCAGCGACUGGGAAGAUAGCGACCCCGAGAGAAAUGGUCGCGCGAAUAAUAAUUCUAUAUGGGACGACGACGAAGGGCAGUUGUGUCAUUUCAUGUGUGAGCUGUACAAUUCUCUGUUCCAGGGGGGUUCGAGAAUAGAUGAUGCGUUAAAGCUCUCUCUCGCCUCACAUCGGACUCUGAGGUAUUCCUGCCAUCUUCCCCCCACUGUGUAUUACUAACUAUAUUAAUUAACAUCAUACAUUGGGAUUGGUAGGCCUCUAUACUUGUUUACAAGGAACACCAUUCUACUUUUUUUUGUUCAAAAGACGAACAAAGGAAAGGGCCAUUU